UAGCUGUAUUGCGCCAAAUAGUGUCAACUCUCCUUAACCUCUUGGGAGUGAAGCAUAUAUAUGAAAUGAAGUUGGCCCAUGUCCAGUCCGGCGAACUCCUGCGUCACAUGUGCGAAGAGAUAUCGAUUUCAAACGACGAAGAUCGUCGUCGGAUGGGUUGCGUUUAUUCAGCCAUCUUCCGAGCCGUGAAGGAAGGGAUUUAUGAGUUUGUUUAUGACAUUGUUAAAGGAAAUCCAGAUCUGGUGUGGUGCUACGGUGACAAACGCACAACCAUAUUUCCGAGCGCAGUCCUUUUCCGUGAAGCCAAAAUAUUUAGCCUUAUCUACGGGCUUCAUGUGAAGAACGCGAUAGUAUAUUCUAACGAUGAGAACUACAAUAAUAUAUUACAUAUGGCCGGGAUGUUAGCAGAUUCCACUCAGCUUAAUCGCAUCCCUGGUGCAGCUUUGCAGAUGCAACGGGAGCUACAAUGGUUUAAGGAGGUGGAGAGCAUUGUCUUUCCCAAGGUUACAGAAGCUUUAAACGGGGAUAGUUUGAAACCCCGAGAAUUGUUUACAAAGAAUCACAAGAACCUGAUGAAAGAGGGAGAGCGAUGGAUGAAGGACACAUCAACUUCUUGUACAGUGGUAGGUGCUCUUAUUGUCACCAUUAUGUUUGCUGUAGCCUUUACCGUUCCAGGUGGUUACAACCAGAACACAGGCAUCCCGAUGUUCUUAAAUGAAAAAUCGUUUAUGCUCUUUAUAGUAUUCGAUUCCCUAUCGCUCUUUUCCGCCACAACUUCGGUAUUGAUGUUCUUGGGGAUCCUAACAUCGCGUUAUGCAGAAGAAGAUUUUCUCAAAUCCUUGCCCACAAAGAUGAUAAUUGGACUUUCUACUCUUUUCUUUUCUAUUGCAUCCAUGAUGAUAGCCUUCUGUGCCGCUCUUUCAAUUAUGUUACUUGGACAAUCACGGUUUAUCAUUCCUGUCAUUGGUUUGGCUUGUGUUCCAGUCUGUUGUUCGGAGUGAUGCAAUUCCCCCUUCUUGUUGACAUGUUCAUUUCAACUUACAGACCAGGCAUCUUCGAUAGGAAAAUGAAACGUUGGUUUUAACUUAUUCAUUGUGCUAUAUAUAUG